AUGACCACCGAAACCAGCUUUUAUUCUGGCUUGGCGGGUGUUCGCAAACCCAAGUGCGCUCGUUGCAGGAAUCACGGGGUAAUAGCAUGGAUCAAGGGACACAAGAGGUUUUGUGCUUUUCGCGACUGCCGAUGUGAACAGUGUCUACUAGUGGUAGAGCGUCAGCGAAUUAUGGCUGCACAAGUGGCGCUCAAACGCAAACAAGCAGCAGAGGAUCUUGCUUUUCAUCAUUUGCUGGCGAAAUCCGGUGUGGAGCAGAAUUGCAUCAGCACCUCUACUCCUCCACAACUUCGCAGAUCAGAUUUUCCACAGCCAACCCGUCAGAGCCUAGAUUCUGCCUAUCUAACAGCGGAUUCACAAUUGUCGAUCACCAGUGGCAGUAUCACUCCACCACUACCACCGGAAGACCAAUCGCCUACCGAUGAGCAGAGUUCACCUCCUGAACCAACUCCGCCUCAAGGACCAAUGGAAAUUGUGCUCAAUUUGGGAGCUAAACUGCGGCGACAGAGCAGCACUCAUCUAUCGCCGGAAAUGUUGACACAAUUCUUUCGUGCUUUACCCCACCCCGCUCUUUUGUCUAUACCGUCGUCUCCCCCAUGUCCUACUCAACCACCACCACCUCCCUCUUUUCCUUGA